UACCUGUUGAAUAUCAAUGAAACUGCCACCACCGCCACCGUAUUUCUCCGCAUAGACGUUUCCCUCUCCACCCUCGCUCACGGAAAUAAAUUUUGUCUGGCCGGAAUUCAUUCGCCGUCGCCGUUCAGUUAGUCGCACAGUUUCAUCGGGCGUGCACGUCUGUCGUGGCUUUUCGCGUGACCGAGUUACUUCUUACUUGUUUGAAGUUUUGCUUAGUGUGUUCUCGAAAGUGUGUUGCGAGUCAAACCCCCGUGUUCCUUAGGUCAUCGUCAUCUCUGCCCCAAUCGACACAGUAAGAUGAUUUCCAAAGUGCUAGUCCUGGCCUGCCUGGUGGCGGCCGUACUCUGCGAGGGAAAGCUGAAGGUCGACGUGGUCAACGUGCCGGAGGGAUGCACCACCAAGAGCAAAAACGGCGACAUGCUGACGAUGCACUACACCGGCAAGCUCACCGAUGGAACCAAAUUCGAUUCAAGCUUUGACCGCGAUCAGCCGUUCACCUUCCAGCUGGGAGCCGGACAAGUAAUCAAGGGAUGGGACCAAGGACUGACUGAUAUGUGUGUCGGCGAAAAGCGUAAACUUAGCAUUCCACCAGAGUUGGGUUACGGAGAGCGCGGAGCCGGAAACGUGAUCCCUGGAGGUGCCACUUUGGUGUUCGAAGUUGAGCUGAUUAAUAUUGGCGAUACUGCGCCAACCACCAACGUGUUCAAGGAAAUCGAUGAGAACAAGGACAUGCAGCUGAGCCGCGAGGAGGUCAGCGAGUAUCUGAAGAAGCAGAUGGUGGCCGCCGACGGCGGUCAGGAAUCGGAAGACAUCAAGAACAUGAUCGCCGAGCACGACAAACUGGUGGAGGAAAUCUUCCAGCACGAGGACAAGGACAAAAACGGAUACAUCUCGCACGAUGAGUUCUCCGGCCCGAAGCACGACGAGCUGUAAGGGAAAUGAAUGCCGCCUUCCCCGACGAGGUCAAGUUUGAGUUCAAACCAGUUUAGUUCAUAGUUCAAGUCUCUCCAAAACCAAUAAACAACAACCACAAUGUUCUUCCUUUUAGAUUGACUCCAGGGGCGGGCAGCCGUUGGAGUUAGUUUUUAAUAAUUGUUUUGAACAAUUUUAAGUACUCGUUAAUCGUUAUAUCAACCGUCACAAGUUCGCAAGUAGGUGCUGUUGUAAAGUUUCAUUUCCUGAAACCUGUUAACUAUCGUUGAAAUUACUUUUAUUUUUCAAAAUGACAUGAAAGUACACACUAUUUAUUUUAAUGAUAGUUUAUGUUUUGCCCGGAUAAGUACUUGAUAGCGCAAGUAGGGACAUAAAGUUUAUUAUAGGUGAAAAUAACACAAAGUAGUACGAAGGCUAAAUCUUUGAGCGUAUAGUCAAAUCGCGGUUUCCUUUAUUGUACAUACGUUGAACUUACGGAAUAGGUCAAUAGCGUUUACAAUUUCGGUUUUUACAUUCCAUUUGGAGAUAGGGUAGCGAAAAUUGAGCUGGAAAUGGUCAACAGGCAAAAUUACCUUUGAGACAAGUCCAUCGUAAUAGAGACAACAUGUAAGGGAUCCGUUUCCAAAUUCCAAAUCGCAGCACAAGAAUACACACGUAAACACGCAAGAAAAAAAACAUAUCACUUGAGAAAAAUGAAAAAUAAAGACUUUUUUUGUAUAGAAAUAUAAA